AUGACGUCAGCAUCAUUGGAAGUUGCGCAAUUCAACAUUAAUCGCCCAGACGAAUGGCAACAAUGGCUGCGACGAUUUGAAAACAUGUGCCUCGCCAUGUCGAUUGACAACGCAGAGAGAAAGAAAGCGUUAUUAUUACAUUUUGCGGGACCUGAAGUUUUUGACCUGAAUGAGAAUUUGCCCGCACCGCCGAAUGCAGAUGAAAAUGAUAAUGUUUAUGCCAACACCGUUAAGAAAUUGGAUAAUUAUUUCGUGCCAAAGAUAAACAUUGAUUUUGAAUGUGAUGUUUUCAGGAAUGCAAAACAGAAAUUUGGCGAAAAUAUUGAUACUUAUGUGGCACGUUUGCGUAAAUUAGCUGUUACCUGUGAUUUUACGGAUGCUGAUCGUGAAAUAAAACAGCAAGUUAUUUCUGGUGGAUUGUCGUCCGUGCAAAAUAACAAUGUGGGUGUGAAAUGCAAUCCAAUCUAUCUUGAUCUUGACAUCGAUGGCAAAAACAUUUCUUGGGAAGUAGAUACAGGGGCUACACUAUCUGUCAUGUCUUUAGUGCAAUAUAAAAAGUUGUGGCCAAAAGCAGAAUUGAACCACACCGAUGUUAAACUGUCUACAUACACGGGGGAGUCUAUUCCAGUAGAGGGAGAAAGGGAUGUUACUGUAACGUAUCAAAAUGGUAACCCAAUGGUAUUGCCAAUCACUGUGGUAAGAAAUAGUAACCGCUGUAAACCAUUGCUGGGGAGAAAUUGGUUGAAACAUAUCAAACUUGAUUGGAAUUCAAUUUUCAAAAUUAACUAUUCUGAUGUUAAAAUCAGUACACUGCUUGAUAAGUAUCCUGAAUUGUCUUCACCUGGAUUAGGUUGUGCAAAAACUGAAGCUAAAUUGGAGAUUGAUGACAGCGUUAAGCCUAAAUUUUAUAAACCACGACCUGUACCUCUUGCACUCAAAGAAUUGGUCGAAGCUGAACUUGAUAGACAAGUUGAAAUCGGUGUUUUGAAGCCAUGUAAAACAUCCGAUUGGGCUGCACCUAUGGUUACCGUAUUAAAAGCUGAUCAGAAGUCAGUUCGGCUCUGUGGAAGUUAUGACUUGACUGUAAAUAAAGCAAGUCGUCUUGAGCAGUAUCCAUUGCCAAAGGUGGAUGAAUUAUUGACUAAAUUUGCUGGUGGGGAAAAAUUCUCUGUUAUUGAUCUGAAAGAGGCAUAUCUGCAGAUACCAUUGGCAGAAGAGAGUCAAAAGUACACAGUAGUUAAUACACAUAAGGGAUUAUUCACGACAAAUCGUCUUGUUUAUGGAAUAUCAAGUGCCCCAGCUAUAUUCCAGAGAUAUCUUGAAACACUGCUGGGUGACAUAGCAGGUGUAGGUGUUUUCCAAGACGAUAUUGGAGUAACCGGUUCUUCUGAUAAAGAACACAUAGCCAGAUUGGAAGAAGUUUUCAAGCGUCUUACAAAUGAAGGUCUAAAAAUUAAUCCAAACAAAUGUAAAUGGAUGGUUUCAGAAAUUACUUAUCUUGGAUAUCGUAUAAAUAAACUUGGAGUUCAACCAACUGAAGAUAAUCUGAGAGCUGUUCUGGAUGCCCCAGAACCACAAAAUAUACAUCAGUUGCGCUCAUAUCUGGGGAUGCUUAAUUAUUAUGGUAAAUUCAUUAAAAAUUUAUCAACUGUUGCUGCUCCUUUGUAUGAACUUCUUCGUUCGAAUGUUCGAUGGCACUGGAAUAAAAGGCAAGUGGAAGCUUUUAAGAAAACGAAAUCGCUAUUGUGUAAUGCUCCAUGCCUUGCUCAUUUUGACGGAAAUGCCGCCGUCAUUGUUUCUGCAGAUGCCAGUCCUUAUGGAAUCGGAGCAGUUUUAUCUGUAAUAACGCAGGAAGGAGAACGUCCUGUGGCUUUUGCAUCCAGAUCUUUGUCAAAACCAGAGCGUAAUUAUAGCCAAUUGGAUAGAGAGGGAUUAGCUCUAGUAUUCGCUGUUACAAAGUUCCAUUCAUUUUUAUAUGGAAGACCGUUUGUUUUGGAAACUGAUCACAAGCCACUUCUCGGUUUACUUGGGAAGAAUAAGCCACUUCCUGAUGCAGCUCCACCGAGAAUGAUCCGUUGGAAAGUAUUACUUGAUGGAUAUCAAUACGAAUUAGUGUAUGUUCCAGGUAAAAACCAAGCCAAUAGCGAUGCACUAAGUCGUUUGCCUUUGCCUGUUAAACCGGAUUAUAUACCGCCUUGUGGUGAUGUAGUGAAUCUUCUUGAAGCAGUCGAUUCUACCCUUGUUAAAGUUGAUGCAAUUCAGUCUUGGACGAGAAGAGAUCCUGUACUGUCCGCAGUUAUGCAUCAUACUCAAAUGGGCUGGCCAAAAUCUUCUGACAUAGACCCAGAAUUACAAAUUUAUAGAAGCAAAGAGACGGAACUAAGUGUCCAUGAAAAUUGUUUAUUUUGGGGUUGUCGAGUAAUUAUUCCGCCACAAGGAAGACAGAAAGUGUUGCAAUUACUUCACGAUGGUCAUUGUUGUGUCAACAGUUACUUCCCAGUGCACCUCAAAGUUCCUGCUAGCCAUGGUCUUUAUCCUAAUGGUCCAUGGCAAAGAAUACAUAUGGACUAUGCCGGUCCAGUUGAUGGGAAAAUGCUUCUUGUUAUUGUUGAUGCGUUUAGCAAAUGGCCAGAUGUGUGGAUUACAUGCGAGACGAAUUUGCAACAUUUCUUAAAGCAAAAUGGAGUGAAGCACUUGUUUUCACCACCGAGACAUCCGGCUUCUAAUGGCCAAGCUGAAUCAAUGGUAAAACAAGUUAAACUUGGAUUGAAGAAACAAGCACCAGCAUCUUUGUCAGUCAGACUUGUUCGGUGGUUAUUUAAAUACCGAACUACACCACAUACAACGACUGGUCAGACUCCGUCGGAAUUACUUUUUCGUCGUAAGAUUAGAACGCAUCUUGAUCUAAUCGCACCUUCAUCACGUUUGAAGAAGUCAGCAGAGAAUGUUCCAAGUGGAAUAAUAAGAACUUUUCACAUUGAUGACCCAGUUUUUAUUACAGAAGUCGUUGGAUCUCGUUUCAAAUGGUUACCUGCCACAGUAACUGAAGUUAUGGGUCAAAUGUGUCGUGUUUGUUUGAACGAUGGAAGAAUUUUUAGACGUCAUCUUGAUCAUAUUCGACAUCGAUUUUCUGCUGAUGAUGUAAUGGUACGUGAAGGGAAUCAAGAUUUUAGAAUGAGUGAGAGAAUACCAGCUGCAAUUCCAACAGGAAUACCUGAUGUUGAUGUGGGAGAUAGAAAUUCAACUCCUACCUCUACUGCUAUUGAAGAGACUGAUGAAUCUCAAAAUGACAGAGACAAUGUAGACCCAGUUCCUAAUUUUCCAGAAUCGUCCAGUAAUUCAAACAUACCUUAUAAAACAAGAUCUGGCAGAAUAUCAAAACCGCCAGAAAAACUAUCUCUAUAA